AUGAAUGUGAAAUUGUCUCUCAAAGGGGAUAUGAUUGAAAAGGUGAAGACUCACCUCCAUCCCACGAUGCACAAAGAUGAAAAUAAAGUGCACGACUCGCCAUUCUACUCCAUCGUUCAGAGGGAAGGAAAGGGUCCAAGAACGCCACAGCAGAAAAUUCAGGACGGAACAAUGGAUGACUACAACUUUUCAAUUUCAGAUUGUUGGUCAUUUGAGAAUGAUGUUCGUAGUGAGGAGAGCGUCUCCCAUAAUAGUCGCGAUUAUACACCAGAAUUUACCACCAACCAAAUUUUUGAAAGUAGAGAAGAUAUGUUAGCUUGGGCGCGGAGCGUUGGUCUAAAAUAUGGUAUUGUGGUGGUUAUUUUAAAUUCUGCUAAGUUAAAAGGUGGCAAACUGACGAAGUGCAUUCUUGGUUGUGAAAGAGGAGGAAAGUACGAAACGCCACGGUAUCUGGUUGAAGGGCAAUCCUUGCAAAGAAACACUGGGACUAGAAAAUGCAAUUGCCCAUUUCAACUGCGAGAAAAACAUAUUGAGGGCCACGAGUACCCGUCAAGGCUAAAACCAAUACAGAAACAAUUUGUGGUCGACAUGGCCAACAGCACCGCUCCUCGUGAGAUUCUUAAUAUUUUGAAGCAAAAAGACCCGUCAAACAAUACGGGAAUCAAGAGCGUUUAUAAUACCAUUUUAGCAAACAAAGCAGCCAAACUGGACGGUCUAACUCCUAUUCAGUAUGUCAUACGUCAAUUACUUAAGAAAGAUUACCUUCAUCAAUUUCUUACAAAUCUAGAUACUAACGAAAUCACAGAUAUUAUUUGGGUUCAUCCUAUGAGUCUAGAGCUAUCUGUCAACUUUCUGUCCGUACUGAUCAUUGACGCCACGUACAAGACCAAUGAGUAUCGAAAGCCACUAUUGGAGGUUGUGGGUAUCACAUCCACAUGGCGAACUUACUCGCUUAUGUUCGCUUAUCUUAGUAAUGAGAGAGAAGAGACACUGACAUGGGCAUUGGAUAACUUAAAAAACUAG